AUGUGUAGCAAUUAUUCCUCUAUCAAUCUCAUCAUCCUUAAUAAAGCCCUAUGGUUCGCAGAUAAUAAAGAGGGCCUAACCCGCGGUGAAAUUGAUGUUGUCCUAGCGGCAAGAAAAUCUAUCAUCCAGUUUGAUAGCAAACUUUGGAUUCGUCAAGAUGAACCCGAUUGCUUCACUAUCCCUAUGAGAAGUAGCGAUACAGCACAGGUUUCGGAUUUGGUCAGAUUUCAUAUUUUAUCUGAACUAGUAGACCGAUUUCCUUAUAUACGCGGUGGUUUGUAUCAUGAUGACUGUCUCCUUUAUCUACAAAAUACCUCUAAUCAAAAACUUAAACGAAAUUUAGUCAAAUUCUUUAGUAAUUUGGGCCAAAGUAUUUCCUUCGAUGAUGAGAGAAAUAAGGUUAACUUCCUCGAUCUUACUCUAAACUUACAUACGGCCUUGUAUUUCCCACGCCAUAAACCUUCAGCUAACCUGAAAUACAUCAGUAUCUUUAGUAACCGCCAUAUAACAAGAAAUUUGGUUAAAAACAUAUCAGUUAGAAAAUCUAAAUUAUCCGCCAACGAAACCGUUUUCAAUAGUCACACUGAUUUUUAUAACUCCGCUUUAUAUAAGAAACAAAUUAAAUAUUAUAACCAAGUUGGCCAUAACUAUACUAAUAACCACAACAAUAGUAAUAACGAUAUCAACAGUAAUAGACACAAUAACAACAAGAGUACUUAUAUUGUUCCUCCCAUACUCGAUAAUCCAAAUAAUUCACAAUUUCAUCGAAAUAUCCAUAGUCCUUACCUUUGUAAUCCCCAAAAUAAACAAUCAAAGGGAAGUAACUAUGCUUCUAUAACCUUUUUACGCUACCUUAAAAAUAAUACUAAGUUUUUUAAUAAUAAAUCUCGCGAAGAAAAACGCAACCCUAAUAAAAAUAUCGAUAUUUCGAGUUUUUUUUACUCUUGUCAAUGA